UGAUCAACCGACCACGUUCAAUCUUCAGCGUCCGACCUUUUCCAGCCACCUGAUUGCGUCGCAUGCAAUUUCAACCCAAGCCUGCAAUGGCCGUUGCCGGGCUGCGACUGUUUUGAAAUUCGAAGCUUCUUCUGCAGUCUCUGCUUUCCUCACACACGCCUUUGACAAUAGCUUUGCAUCGAACCAUUUUCAAUUCCGAUGGCGUCUCUGCGUUCUCAACAAAACUCUAAUCCCUUUUCAGUUCCCAUCUUCAAUCUUCUUUCUGGCAUUUGAUCGAACACCGGAAAUGCCAAGUGUAGCCGUGAAGCUCUACAGCGUGCUCUUCAGAUUCCUUCUGAAGCGCAAGUUACAGACCCUAGCUCAAUCUUCGCUCCCAUCGAACUCCUUCGGAGUCACUUCACGCCCCGAAGAAGCAGCCGCCGCCGCCAUCCCUUCCUUCUCCGACGGCGUCGCCACAAAGGAUAUCCACAUCGAUCCCUCAACCUCUCUCUCCCUCCGUAUCUUCCUCCCCGACACCGUUCUCGUUAGGGUUUCACCGAAUUCUGCUUCGGUUGAUUCGAGUCGAGGUCUUCAAGCCUUGAAUUUGGGGAUUUUGGGGCGGGAUCAUGGGAUGUACGGAGGCUAUUCUCCGCCGAUGGAGAAUCGCAACCUGGUGUGCCGGAAACUGCCGGUGAUUUUGCAAUUUCACGGGGGAGGGUUUGUUAGUGGGAGCAACGAUUCGGCGGCGAAUGAUUCGUUCUGCAGAAGAAUAGCGAAGCUGUGCGAUGUGAUUGUUGUGGCGGUUGGGUAUAGACUUGCGCCGGAGAGCCGGUACCCUGCGGCAUUUGAGGAUGGGCUGAAGGCGUUGAAUUGGUUGGGAAAGCAAGCAAAUUUGGCGGAGUGUAAUAAGUCGAUUAGGAAUGUUCAUCAGUACAUGAUUGACGGGUUUGGGGCAUCUAUGGUUGAACCUUGGUUGGCUGCUCAUGGAGAUCCUUCCAGGUGUGUUCUACUUGGAGUAAGCUGUGGUGCAAACAUUGCCGACUAUGUAGCUCGAAAGGCUGUGGAGGUAGGCAAGCUCUUAGAUCCUGUUAAGGUGGUGGCACAAGUGCUAAUGUACCCUUUCUUCAUUGGAAGUGUUCCCAUGAAAUCUGAGAUUAAGCUAGCGAACUCCUACUUCUAUGACAAGGCUAUGUGCAUGCUUGCUUGGAAGCUCUUCCUACCCAGGGAAGACUUUAGCUUAGACCACCCGGCAACCAACCCUCUUAUCCCUGGGAGAGAACCUCAAGUACCCUUGAAGUGCAUGCCCCCAACCCUAACAGUUGUGGCAGAGUAUGAUUGGAUGAGGGACCGGGCCAUUGCUUACUCAGAGGAACUAAGGAAGGCCAAUUUGGAUGCACCCCUUCUUGAGUACAAGGAUGCCGUGCAUGAGUUCGCUACGCUUGAUGUCCUCCUCAAAACGCCACAGGCCCAAGCCUGUGCAGAAGACAUUGCCAUCUGGGUCAAGAAGUAUAUAUCACUCCGAGGCCAUGAAUUUUCUUACUGAAUAGGCUAGAAAAAGGAUCGAGUGUAUAGAGAAGGAAAAAAUGGCAGUUUACAGUUGCAAGAGCAUCAAUUUUGUGUAGUGUAACCGAGGAAAGUGAGAUUUGUGCGACUCCCAUGCACUGGGAUGUAUUUGAAGGCAAAAAGGUCAGGGUUUUGUGAAUAUAGCUUGUACUCAUGUAUUAUUUUUGUUCUCUCAUCCUUUUCCAUGUAUUCUCUUCUUUUUGUUUGUAAAUUAUAAAUGUUGUCCCCAGUUGGUUCCAGUUUUUCUUCCCCAUUUUUAUCGCUAAGCUAGGUUCCAGUUGAAUUGGGAGAUGUAUGUUCCUCCUUUAAAGCAUCUGGAAGUAUUCAUUUAUUCAUUUUAAUAGAAUUAUAGUGUUGAGAUGUAUUAUAUGUUACAUUUUUAAUCUUUGUUCUUCUUCCA